AUGGAGCGUUCGGUCGGCGGCUCGGAGCAGACCUCAGACUGGGUGUCUCGUCUGGAAGAGGAACUGGAACGCGAAAAGUCGAUCCGCCGGCGCAUUCUGCGCGAUUUCAACAAGUUGCGGGACGACUUUACUAGCGAUCAAGAAUACGAGGACUAUCUGGAAAUGGUCGAAGAGCUCAUCUUCAAUCUUGUGCACGGUAUCGAUGUCGAGCGGACGAAUGAAAGAAUCGCCGCUUACCGCAAGGAGAACGCAGCACUGAUCCGCCGGAACCAACUGAAAUGGCAGGAGCGAGAGCAGGCCGAAGCAGCCCAGCUAGCAGCCGAUGAGCGAGCACGGCAGACUCGUCUAGCAGCACUAGCUCGGGAAGACGAGGAGGAAGAGCGACAAAGGCGCCUAGCCGAAGAGCACGAACGAACACGUCGGCUGCAGGCAGCGCUCCGAAACGACACCGGCAGGGGCGGAACGCGAGCGCAGCAGUCGGCGCUUUCUAAGGCGCCCGGGGCACAGCGUCCUCCACAGCUGGGCGCUGACGACAAGGUCCGCGUCAACGUGCAUCCGGCACAAGGGAGCAGAGGCGGGUCUGCGCUUGACCAGCGUUCUCCAACCGACGGGAAAAGAAUCGUGGUCGACAUGCCCAGUGCACGAGCGCUUGACAUCGCUCAGAGUCCCGAAGAACGAUAUCCAGAUCCGCUCGUACGAAACGAGACUGCUCGAAAAGCGGCUGGCUUCGAUCCAAACGCAUGGAUCAGGCGCGCUCGAGCGCAACUCUGUGUCUGA